AUGGCAUGGGACCAUCUGGACAUUGAUAAGCCGCAUUUGGCUUACAUGAUCCUGGGAGGGUUCACAGGCCUGUUCAUGCUAUGCUCCUUAUUCGUCAAGGAGAAGCUGUACAUCGGCGAAGCCACCGUAGCCACACUUUGUGGUAUCAUUUUUGGCCCCCAUGCGGCCAAUCUGUUCAAUCCCCAUGAAUGGGGAAAUAUCGAUAAGAUCACCCUAGAGUGCUCGCGAAUUGUCCUGGUCGUGCAAUGUUUCGCCGUCGGUGUAGAGUUGCCCAAGGCCUACAUGGAGCGGCAUUGGAAGUCUGUUUCCGUGCUGCUAAUCCCCGUCAUGACCUGGGGUUGGUUGAUCACCAGUUUGUUUAUCUGGUGGAUGGUACCUCCCCUGAAUUGGCUUGAGGCUCUGGUGUGUGCUGCCUGCGUUACGGCCACUGACCCUGUCUUGGCGUCGUCUGUUGUGGGUAAGGGAAAGUUCGCCAAGCGUGUCCCCAAGCAUUUGCGUGACUUGUUGUCUGCAGAGUCCGGGUGCAACGAUGGCAUGGCUUUCCCAUUUAUUUAUUUGUCUUUCUACAUCUAUCACUAUCGCCCCAAUGUCGGUGAUGUGUGGCUGCACUGGUUCUGUGUCACCGUUCUGUAUGAGUGCAUUUUCGGUGCUAUAUUUGGCUUCACCAUCGGCUACAUUGCUCGCCAUGCGAUCAAAUGGGCUGAGCGCAAGGGAUUGAUCGAUCGCGAGAGUUUCCUCGUGUUCUACUUUGUGCUGGCCGUCUUCUGUGCUGGUUCGGGUUCUUUGUUGGGCAUGGACGACCUGCUGAUUGGAUUUGCUUGUGGUGUUGGAUUCAGUAACGAUGGUUGGUUUACGGAGAAGACAGAGGAAUCUCAUGUCUCCAACGUUAUCGAUCUUCUACUCAACUUGGCAUACUUUGUCUAUUUCGGGUCCAUCAUUCCCUGGGAGGACUUCAAUUCCCCAGAACUGGGACUUACUCCUUGGCGGCUGGUGGUGAUUGCGAUAUUGGUCCUCUUCUUCCGGCGCAUUCCUAUCAUGCUAAUGCUUAAGCCAUUCAUACCAGACGUCAAAACCUGGCGAGAAGCUUUAUUCGCAGGGCAUUUCGGCCCUAUCGGUGUAGGUGCCAUUUUCGCCGCCAUUCUCGCUCGAGCGGAGCUGGAGCACCACAGCACACAACCAUCACCCGAAGAUGAACUUCCACUCCCAGGAGCUAGCAAUUACUAUGUUGUCAGGCUCAUUUGGCCCAUCACUACAUUCAUGGUCAUUACAUCCAUUCUGGUGCAUGGCUCAUCUAUUGCGGUCUUCACUCUUGGUAAACGCAUCAACACCUUGACUAUCACCCUAUCCUACACACAGGCCAACGAGGAUGGGCCUUCAUGGAUGAACCGUCUUCCUCGUGUGCAGUCAAUUGCCAAGGGAUCCAUGUCCUUCCGCAAGGCGGAGGAUACGGAUGCUUCAUCGGACGAAAAGCUUCCUGAGUAUCCUCCCGGUACUCUACCGCCCAUCGGUAUGCCUGGCAACUUCCUCCGUCGGCAACGUGACGAAGAGGGUGACAGUGAAUCACAAAGCCUGGAGUCUUCUCGUCGUAAGCCUUUGCGGAGACGUCGUCGUAAGCGUGCUGCCGGUGGCGGAGGCCCUAUUAGCCAGUCCGCUAUUAUACCCGCUCCCCGGCGAACCGAGGAAGAGACCCCGACCGAAGAACAAAAGAAAGAACUCGAAGAGCGCGAUCAGGUUGAGCGUGGAGCUUCUCCGCCUCAUGCCGAGCGGGAUCGCUUCGGCCGUGAGCCGCAGAUGGAGGUUUAUCAAGAGGGCCCCAAUAUGAUAAUUGAGGAUGAAGAGGGCAAUGUUCUCGCGACUGAGGACACCUCUCGUAUGUCUCAGGCAGAGAAGGCAGCGCACAUUGAAGCGCAACGCAAGCGUCUGGAGAAUGAUAAAUCAGGAGAGUUCGCCGCGUCUGAGAGUCAACCCCACGCGAAGACCGAGGGAGAAGAAGUCAAGGAGUCUGUCGAGGAUAAGGCUGGCACGACAUACGGAAAUGCUCUCAAGAAGUGGUCCAACUGGACCGGAAUUGGAAAGGGCAAAGAACAGGCAGAGAAGGCGCAGAAGCCCAAGAAGGCAGAAAAGCCCCCGAAGGCCGAGUCUGCAAAGCCCAAACCCCGUUCGGCCCAUGCAUACCAAUUUGGCAAUACUAUCAUUGUUGAGGAUGAGGAUGGUGAGGUGAUCAAGAAGUAUACACUUCCUGGCGGUAAGAAGGGCGAGAAAGCCCAGAAGACCCAGAAGGAGCCCACCGUUCCUGGCGAAGCACCUGUUCGACGUGGUCUGACCCGCAUGGGAACCUGGUUCGGCAUGGAGGAAGAAGGCGAGUCCUCGCAAGCUGCCCAGGGGAAGAACAAGGAUGAUGACUGGGCCGCCGACGACGGUAUUCGAUUCACUUUGGCCCAGGACCCCCAAGUCGACUCUCAAGGCAUCAGCCACAAGGGCCGACGUAUGAACAAGCAGGAAUUCUUCGAGCAGAUCAAGGGUCUUGAUGCCAAGGCCCGCCGGGAUCUGGUACAGCAAACAGACGCACCAGCACCAGUCCAAGAAAUGGCCCAGCGCGAAGCGAAGACCGAAGAAAAUAGAAAGCAAGAGCGCCGCCUUUCUGCUGCUGCCGCCGCCGCCACUGGCGGGACUAGCGCCAUUCCCGAAGAAGACGCUGACGCUCUGGAGUCCGAGUCCCUCACCGAUAGCGACGUUAGUGACGACGAGCCUGGCACUGAUCACGGUUCCCCUAACGUGGCUGCUUCACUGGCCAAGUUCUCGCGUCGCGGUGGUCCCUCCGCCGCGCAAGAACGUCGAAACAACCUCAGCCCUGCACCACCUCGUAUCCGCGACCGGGCUCGCCGCGAUUCAGACGACGAUGGCACAGAGCGUAUCCCACCUUCGCGUCUCCGUCAAGCUGCUGGCCUGUCCGCGCCCCCGCGCCAGGCUGACGACGACACAGGCGAGACUCCAGCCGAGCGUCGCCGUCGUCUGAACGCCCUGGGCGUGGGAAACGAUGAUUUCGACAACAGUUCCGAGUCGGAUGAUAAUGAUAAUGUCAUUAUGGAAGAAGACUCGGACAUUGAUAACGAGAACGGCGGCUCUAGCAAGGACAAGCAAUCCAACGAGUCUCGAUCUGGAUCUGGAUCUGGAUCCGGCUCCGGCUCUCAGUCUACUUCCCGACAAAUCCCGCGCGUUUCCUGGGGAGGCGAGAAAGGACGUGACAUUUAA